GCAAUGAGUUGGUGGAGGGACAAUUUCUGGAUCAUCUUGGCUGUGGCCAUCGUCGUUGUCUCCUUGGUCCUGGGUCUCAUCCUGUACUGUGUCUGCAGGAGGCAGUUUCGACAAGGCAAGAAAUGGGCGAUUGCCAAGCCCUCGAAACACAAUGGAAGAGAUGAAGAAAAGAUGUAUGAGAAUGUUCUUAAUCCAUCACCAGGGCAGUUACCUGCUCUGCCACCCAGAGGCUCACCUUUCCCAGGAGACCCUGCUCCACAGGAAGCUCCAAGCCAACUACCGGCUUGGUACUCAUCAGUGAGGAAAGUUAGAAACAAGAAGGUCUUUUCUAUCUCGGGCUCCGAAAACGACUACGAUGACGUUGAGAUCCCAGCAAGCACUGAAAACCAGCAUUCUAAAACAACCACGCCUUCUUGGCAAGCUGAAAAGGGCUUACACAGCUCAUUUUAG